AUGGCGGCUCAACACCCAAAAGCGGCGCUCCUGUUGUGUGAAGUGGUGAUGGAGAUCCUCUCUUGGGUUCCAGCAAAGCCUCUCACGCGCCUCAAGCUUGUGUGCAAAUCAUGGAACUCCAUCAUCUCCCACCCUCACUUCGUCAAACUUCACCUUCACCGUUCACCCAAAAAUGCCAUCCUCCUCUUUACGCGAACACACUUCGGCGAAGAAGGAAAACAGAGCAUAGUGUUGAGUAGCGUUGAAUCUUUCAUCCAAAAUCCAUCAUCCACUCUUGAUGUUCAAGAGAAUCGCCGCCCUUUUCACGUAGAAGACUGGGUUUCGGGUUCAUGCAACGGGUUGGUUUGUGUGGCCCAUAUCGUUCUUUGCCGCCCCAACAACGGUAUUAGCGAUAUCUGGUUUCGUUUAUGGAACCCUCUCACAGGGUUUGUUUCAGAGAACUCGCCGUGCUUACGUGUCAAUGCGCAUAAUUCUUUUGGAUUUGGGUAUGAUGAGUCAAGUGACAGUUACAAGCUUCCGUGGCAGUUCUUGGAAGACGAUCAACAGUUUCCCUGCUUUUCCGUUUUAUCCUGA